AAAAAGUUAUCAAUCAAGAAUAUUUAAACAAUAAACCAGUCAGAUUGCAGGGUGCACUGCGGUCGGUCGAUACAGAUCUUUAUUACUUACUUAAAUUUAAUAUUGUCAUUGGAAAAGUUGCAUAAAUGGAAAGAUACAGGCACGAUUCUGUGGUGACGGUCGAAUUCGAUCCCAUGUGUGACAAGGAGAAUCCUCAGAAGAUAACUUUCGAGGAUGUCUCGGCUGCAGCGUUCAGGAUACAGAACGGAAUUAUCAAAACGCCGUGCGUGAAAUCUCACAUGUCUGAGCAGUAUGGAAUGGACAUUUACUUAAAGAAUGACUUCCUACAACAUACAGGCAGUUUCAAAGAGCGAGGGGCGCGCAACGCGUUGCUCUUACUUUCGCCAGCAUCAAAGGCCCAGGGCGUGAUCACGGCAUCCCUGGGCAAUCACUCCCAGGGAAUGAGUUACCACGCCAACCAGCUCAACGUGCCAGUCACAGUAGUGAUGCCAAAUGUUGCUCCAAUCAUGAAGAUCGAGAAAUGCCGGUCGUACGGUGCCAACGUCGUGAUCCACGGAGAGGAUAUGAAGGAAGCCAAGUUUCACGCGAUGUCACUGGCCAAAGAGCGAGACCUUAUUUAUAUCAAUGGAUACGACCACCCACAUAUAAUGGCGGGGCAAGGCACGGUGGGGUUGGAAAUUCUGGAGCAGGUUCCUGACGUGGACGCAGUAAUAGUUCCAGUGGGGGGCGGCGGCCUACUGGCCGGAGUGGGGACUGCCAUCAAACAUCUCAAGCCACAUGUGCUUAUUUAUGGGGUGGAAACGGAGAAGUGCCCCAGUAUGAAGACUGCGAUAAAGAACGACGGGCCAGUCAGCGUCGAGAUCAGAUCCACACUCGCCGAUGGCCUGGCCGUGCCCACUGUUGGGUACAACGCCUACCGCACUGUCAAAUCCGUCAUCGACAGAAUGAUCACAGUGAACGAGGACUGGAUAGCACGCGCCAUACUACGCCUAGUGGAACAUCAGAAGUACGUGGUGGAGGGCGGCGGCGCCACAGGCGUGGCUGCUAUCAUGGCGGGGCUUGUGCCAGAGCUGGCUGGGAAGAAAGUGGUAUGCAUCCUGUCUGGUGGCAACAUUGACACCACGAUCCUCGGUCGCUGUCUGGAGCGCGGGUUGGCGGCCGAGCGUCGUCUGGUCAAGUUCAAAGUGACAGUCAGUGACAGGCCCGGUGGCAUCGCGGAGCUCUGCAAACUCAUUGCUUCCAUCGGAGUCUCCAUUAAAGAUAUCAUGCAGGAACGCGCAUGGGUGCACGGAGAUAUCUUCAGUGUUCAGGUGAAGGUGGUAUGCGAGACUCGAGGACCUGAGCAUUUGGAAGAGCUUCGAAGUCUGAUCGCCAGCGCGUAUAAGGAGUGGUACUUUGCCAGUGAAAGCGAACACCUCCCCCGCCGGGUCAGUGUUGACACCAUCGAUGAAGAUGUCUCUCACUAGAUAGCCCCGAACUUUAAUUACUUACUUUAAGAAUUAAAUUUAAUCUGUGAUACUUUUUAAGAAAUAAAUGGCCUUAAAUAUUU